UAGACCGCCCAAGCAAAUGCUGAACGUGACAUCGCGUUGUAGCGUGCCGUAUUCCCUCAGUGUGGCUGAUACACAGAACUACACCUUACUGUGGGUUCCCGACAACACAACAGCAAACGGGACAGGCAACACGGUCUGCAGUCCCUCCAGCUCACAAACAUCUCGCGAAUUACACAACUGUGCGAACAAUGUGAGCCCGUGGAGGUAUACUUAUGCUUCACUCACAGAUGGAGUCCCUUAUUUCGGACAGCACGGUUCGUACAUCGGCGGCGGCUACAUCGCUUGGCUAGGAGCGACUGAUGAGUCGAUGUCCUUCCUACAACGGCAACGUUGGUUGGACGAGAACAGUCGUGCAGUUUUCAUCGAGUUUAUCCUGUACAAUCCGCACGUGAAUCUGUUUUCGGUUGUGUCGUUGGUUGUGGAGUUCACCAAUCUCGGGGCAGCUUACAAGAGUUCGGAGAUCGUCACUGUGAGACUCAUACAGCAUGACGUCAUCUUACUUCUGGUUUUGAGAGGGGUGCUGGCGUUGUUUCUACUCUACUUUGUAUUUCGCGAAGGAAAGUCUCUGAUGUCACGGCCACUUGAGUAUCUCUGCGAGUUCUGGAGCUGGGUAGAUCUUCUCGUGAUCACCGUCGGCUUCUCAACACUCGUCAUCUACUUCUACACACAGAACAUCAUAGACGAGGUGGCAGAACAACGGAGGAACGGCAACUCCGUCUUUCAUCUGUAUAAAAGCGCUGUCAGCUGGUUCCAAAUCUCCACCUAUCUACAAGGUUUUCUUAUCUGCUGCGCUACGUUAAAGUUUAUCCGCCUCCUGCGCUUCAACUCUCACGUGUACGCCUUGUCUAUGACGAUGAAGAAGUCCCUCAAACCCCUCAUGUCUUUCAUGUUUUCUGUGGCUGUCAUUCUGUUAGCCUUUAUCAUAAUGAUGGCUUUAACUCACGGCUCAAAUAGCAAUGAGUACAAGAACCUAAGUUCCAGUCUUCAAAGCCUUCUUCUGAUGAUGUUGGGUAGUUUUGACUUCGACGCUCUGUCCUCGGGCCAUAGAAUACUCGGCCCACUGAUCUUCUUCUUGUACCAGGUUGUUAUGCAGUUCUUCCUGCUUACUAUCUUCAUGGUGAUUCUUUUUGAAGUGUACGAGAACGGAGACUGGACGACAAACCCGUACGAUAUCGGCUUUACUUCCUUUCUCAAGGAAACGGCAGCAGAAACCGCUGAAAAGAUCAGAGGAACUUCCCUCAAAAGUAACAAACCCAGGAGGGAAAGAAGUUUUUCGACUGAUAUGAUUCCGAAGAUAAAUCGUGGCAUAAGUGAUCUGUUUAAGUAACUCUCAGUUCUACACAAUUUCCAAGUAACA